AUGUCAAAUAUGGUUAUUGCUUCUGCACCUGGUAAGGUCUUGAUAACAGGUGGCUAUUUGGUUUUGGAACCAGAGUAUACCGGCACUGUUAUUGGUACCUCGAGUCGUUUUUAUACAGUCAUUCAGCCAGGUGCAAAUGGUCUCAUCACGGUUCGCUCACCUCAGUUUGACUAUGCCAACUGGACAUAUGAAAUUACUAUGGGCACUACAUUCACAUUGAGAGCACAAGAAGUCGAUAGUCCAAACAAGUUUGUCGAAACAGCACUUGCCUUUACUCUCAAAAUCAUUCUCAAGAAACAAGGCAUGGAAAAGGUCCAUGAUAAACUUAUGGCCGGUAUGGAUAUCAUCAUUGUAGGCGACAAUGAUUUUUACUCUCAGCGUGCUCAACUUAAAUCAAAGAACCUUCCAAAUACAGUCGAAGCCUUGGCCUCGCUUACUCCGUUCUGUAAGACAUAUGCCACAUUGGCAACUGUGCACAAGACGGGGCUCGGCAGUUCAGCUGCACUCAUCACCUCCUUGGUCGCCGCUCUUUUGCUUCACUUUGAGAUGAUUGGAGAUGUGACAAGCGACAAGAAUAAAAAGUGGGUCCAUAACGUUGCCCAGUUUGUUCAUUGUUUUGCUCAGGGCAAAGUAGGAAGCGGGUUCGAUGUCUCUUCGGCCGUUUGGGGGUCUCACUGUUACAAGCGAUUCAAUCCUGAUACAUUGAAGCCUGUGAUGGAUAAUCAAGUGGAUUCUCAGUUACUCCUUAAUACCUUGGAUCCAGCCAAUCAAAACUGGGAUAACCAAGUGGUUCCACUCAAAUUACCUCCUGGAUUUGAUUUGUUAUUAGCUGAUAUUGAUGCAGGAAGCCAUACGCCUACUCUGGUAAGCAAAGCAUUGGCAUGGAAAAAAUCAGAUCCUGAACAAGCAAAUGCGUUGUGGAAAGAGCUUGGUAGAUAUAACCAAAAAGUAGAACAACAUCUUUGCAGGUUGUCAGACUUGUACGAGCAAGAUCCGGCCAGAUACCAAAGUACGAUCGAUAUUUGCUCUUCUCUUCAUUCAAAUGAAUGGCGUGUGUUAGAAGGAGAUGUCGUGUAUGAACUGGUGUGUUUGGUCGAUGAUUACCAUCACGUUCGGUCACUUUUACGAAAGAUGGGUGAUGCAUCUGAUGUACCCAUUGAACCCAAAGAACAGACACGAUUACUGGAUACAUGUAUGCAAGUCCCUGGUGUUGUCAUGGCAGGUGUACCUGGUGCGGGUGGAUAUGAUGCUAUUUUUUGUAUCGUCUUGUCAGAUGCUGCUAAACAAGAAGUGCGUAAAGUAUGGCAAUCAUGGAAGGAACUUAAUGUAGGUCCUCUCUUGUCACAAGCUGACUCGAAUGGCAUAACCUGUCCCAAACUAAAUGAGGUUCCUGGAUUGUUUAAUGUCAUUUCACAAUAA